UUCCAAUAUUAUAACUUUUGCAUUCUGGGGCCUUGGGCUUCUAGAAUCAGAACCAGUCGAAAUCCUCUUUCUUUGUUGCAGAAGAUUUUGGUCUUAGUGGAUUGCAGUCGAACUUCUGUAGCUCUGUUUAAUUUCGACGCUCACAGAACCCGUCAAAGUUUCGAUUCACGAUCUCUCUAACCCUAACUUACAGACGUCAGCCUGCGUACUUUAUCUGCUUAUAUUGAGUUCCAGUCUGGUCCUCUGCAUGGAGAAAUGGAGUUUGAUCAUCUCUUUGAGCUCUGUGAGGAAUAACCUGAUUGUGUUAGAGCGAGCGUAGUGAUUUAAAGGAAAUGGAAGAGUUUAACGUAUCUGAUAUCAAUCAAUUGGAUACUGAUGUCCGUUUACCUCCUCGAAAGCGUCUCCUUGCCGGGUUGAAAAAGCAGUCUCUCGAAUGCACUUCUCCUCCGUCAUCUUUUUCGUCCAUUUCUAAUGAUUUCAGUACCCGUCUUCGUAAUCUCUUGAGUUCUGAUUCUAAGAAAUUAUGUCUUUCACCUGAGGAGAUCGUGGACGCCUCCAGAUCAGCAGCUCUAGCUGCAGCCAAGGUUGCAGCUGCAGCCAAAGCUGCAGCAGAAGAGAAGGCAGCUGUGGCUGCCAAGGCGGCUGCUGCCGCCAAGAGUGCCCUUGAGUUAGUUGCUUCUGUUUCUGAGAAGACAGCUUGCAAAGAGAAAUGCUUGAGAAGUAACAAGCCAAAGAAACAUGUCCCAGUUAACCUGUUGUAUAAGAACCACCAGCCGGUUGAGUAUUGUGAAACUGAUGAAGAAUUGGCUCGUCAAUUGCAUCGAGCUAUGAAUAGUUCCCCCAGAAUUUCGAAAAAUUCUCUAAGUUCUGACUGGAAAGCUCACAACCAUAACAACCACGGAAAACAGUCCAAUUUAGAAAAGACAAGGUUAUCCAAUGGAGGCAUGCAUCCGGAUAGAAACCCACCUACAUGUGACAGGAAUUCUGGAGAAAGUGAGGUGGACAAUGAAGGAUCUACCUUGGAGGUGGAUAAGCUAGAUGUUUAUACUUCUGAAUGCACUAAAGCCAUCUGUUCAGAGAUGGAUACAUUUCCAACUGAUGGGGAAGCACAAGCUAAUUAUGCAAAGGAGAAAAACUGGAGAACUUUAGAAGAUAAAAGUACCUGCCGUAGAAAGAGGGGAAGAAUUAAGCAAAAGAAGCUAUCUUUAAGCCUAUGCACCAUUAAAGAUCGUGAAAAUCUCAAAGAUAUAGAAUCUAAAGGUGUCCCAUUAGGAGGAGAGCCCGAGGAUAAAUGUGAUUUGAGGAAUGUUCCUUUAUUUGUUGUGGAACCUCACAUUCAAGAUGAGAAUUCAGUUGAAGCUAUAUCAGUAUGGAAGUGCAAUGAGUUCAAGGCACCGCAAUGUUUUGAAGAAAGUAAAAUCAUGCAGUCUUUAUGUUCAAGCCCUAGAGUUACUACAGGAUCUACCAUGGUAGAAUUUGAUAAGUGAGGAGUGCAGUCACUAAAAGAGGCCAUCCUAUGGACUGUGGCUGUCAAGGCAUGAGUGUUACUACCGAGUACUGGUUUCUUAUCCUUGCAUUGACAAGAAUGGUGUAUUUUUGGCCAGUUUUCACUGUUCUAUGAGAUUUUCUUAGUAAGUUAUUCAGCUAAGGAGGUUGUUAUACAAUCUCUUAGGUUGUUUCAUCCAGUGUCUGAAGAGUAGAGUGUAGUUUACCCCUGGGUCGUCCUUAUGCUAGAGUUUAGUCUGCUUCUUCGUUCUUUUGAUUUUUUUUUUCUUUUGAUAGUAAUGUAAGCAUUUUGUUAAAAGCAGAAGAGAACUUGCAAGGAUAUAAGAGUAUAGAGAGAAUGAUUUGAUGCAAAAUGAAAUAAGUGCCUCAAAUAGGGGACCAUGCAAAAUCAGCAAGAUUAUAGAUCUUAUAAUACUAGGUCUAAGAUGGAGCAAAUGUCAUUGCCAAGAGUAGCUUUCUGAUCAUCCUCAAAUUCACGAUGAACCAAAACCUAUCUAAGAGAAGGGACUGUUUGUUAGCAUAUAACACCUUUCAUCUCUCAUCUUCUUUUCAGAAUUCUUCUAUUCCUCUCUUCCAUUUUUUCCACAAAACAGCUUGGACUACCAUUAAACAAAGGCCAAGAGAAGAUUUUAAUGGGGGCAAUGAGGAUGGGAAAUGCCUCUAGAACUCUGCUAUUUGGUAGGAAAUAAGUCUUUCCUGUAUGAAUGCUAUUGUCCAAUAUUCAGCUCUUGAAUUAGUGUAACAUUUGUCAGGAUGUAUCGAACAAAGGAGCAACUUAUUUGGGGCUUGUGUCUGGUUGGCUUCAUCUUUCCUAAUGUCAGAAAUUGGUAUGUGCAAUAAAGUUGUCAAAGUUGCUGUCUCCCUUUUUUAGUAGGAAGCAAGUUUUUUCCAGUGGAAAUGCCACUCAGAAUUCUCCAUGUAGCAUUUGCCAAGAUGAAUAUAAAGAAUAAAACUACUUACUUGAGGCUAAUCAUUUCCAUAAUGGUGCUACUAUUAUUUAAUGUCAUCACUGGUGUUUAUCUUUCUCCCACCACUGUAUUAAUGUCAACUUAAAUAGCACAAGCCUUUUAUUUUGA